GAGGAGUCCUAAAAUGGGCCUAGGGCCCUGGGUAUAAAAUGAAAGGGAACCCUAGGGUUCACCCCAGUUUCCACUCCAGCCGCCACAUCCAAUCUCCGUCAAGCUCGUCUCUCCCCCUUCACCGAUCUCUCACUCUCUUCUUAUUUUCUCUCAUUUGAUAUGCUUGUUUGAACGGAUUCGGCUGUGUUUUCUAUGGCUACACGGCGGUGUUGGUGUCGUUGGAGGGGCAAACCGAACACUGUCGGAUAGGGUUCGUUCACCGCCAUCAGGCUUGUUAUGAAGGAACUUUAUUUCUUAUUGCAAGACAUUGAAAAAGUGAGCCAAAUUCUAAAGAUAUUACACCAUGCUUCCUGUUCAACCGCCAGUGGAGAUUGAUCCAGAAAGUAAGGUGCAGUCCAGUCCAGAAGCUGCAGCACACACUGCAAACAGUAGUAUAGUGACCAAAGGUUUGGCACACACACAUAACUCUGAGGACACUAUCAUUGAAGUGGAAGAUCAAUUUGACGAACAAAUUAAGAGUCCAGAGUGUGUUGGUGAUAGCAGUGUGGCUGAGGAAGAGGACCCAGAUGCAACUGAUUGUUCAAGCUCAUUUGAGGGCACAGUGUCUGGGACAGAAAAUGGUUCUGGAUUGAGUGAUGCUGAAGUUGAAUCAUGCUUUUAUGACGACAAUGGCUGUGCAUAUGGUGGCUCUAAUAGCAUCUUUGCUAUAAGGAGGCAGUUAACAAGCCACUGGAGGAGCUUCAUACGUCCAUUGAUGUGGCGAUGCAAAUGGACAGAACUGAGAAUUAAGGAGUUCCAGUCUCUUGCUUCAAAGUAUGCAGGAGAACUUGCUGCAUAUGAUCAGAGAAAAAAGUUGGAAAAAGAUCAAUCUACACAAGAAAUUUCUUGUUCAAAGUCGUUACAAUUUUCUUUCCAAAGUCCUGGGAAAAAGGUGAUGGAGAGGAGGAAGAGAAAGAGGGUUGAAGAUGCAACUGAUGCAACAUCAUAUAUGUCCCAACAUAACCUUUUCUCCUAUUUUGCAGAUAAGAGGUCUGAUCCAGAUGGCACUUCUAUGGUAGAAGAUAUUGGUAAUCCAGUCUCCGCACAGCAAAAUGCCGACGAUCAUGAUGAGUUUGACUUUGGAGAUGACUGUGUAUUUCAUGACUACAAUGAUGAAAAUGACUCAUUAGAGCAGAUGCUUUGGAAGAUUGAAAGAGCACAGACACAUGUUGAGAAACUUAAGUCUCGACUUGUGGAGGUGUUCGCUGAAAAUGACAUGCAGUUCUUUUCCUUUGGGGAUCUGCCUGUUCUUGUGCCCUAUGAUGGACAGGCCAGUUCUAAUCACAGUCCUACUUUUUCUGCUGGCCAUGAGGACAUGGAAUUAGUCGGAUUUGAUGUUGCCAAUCUGCAUGAUAUUGCGGAUUUUAUUAUUCCUGAAUUCAUGGCUCAAAGCUAUAAAGAAGCUGUUUCUGUUCCGGAUAUUAUUGAAAGUACAGUUAGUCCGUUGUCCUCAGCUGAUGUCACCAUGAAUCAGCCACAGAUUGGAGACUUUGGUGAAGCUAGUAUGGAUAAUGUCCUAGCAUAUGAUCAAGCAGCUGAAGUAGAGAGGCACACUUCCAGAAGUACACAAAAGAACACCACAGGGAAGCUCCAGGAACAAGAGGAAUGCAUGCAAGAAAGCGGCAAUCGUUCUGUCCCAGAUAUAGAGCCUGACCUCGGUGCCAAAACUGAGACACCUCUGAAUCCAUCAAGUCUAACGUCAUGCUUAGCUUCAGAGAUCCAUUUUCCCAAAUCCAAAAGAAAGAGAGCAGAGCGUAAAGUUGGUUUGGGCAGAUGGAGCACUGAUCCUUUGUUGCGCAAUAAUCAGUAAGUUGGAAUUUUGUUGGCUUUGAACUAUCUUCAUGUAGUUACCAAAACUGCAACUUUUUGAUAAAAUGUAGCAAGCAUGGCCUGUAAAAUUGUGGCACUGGAGAUAUAAAUAGUUUUAUCUAUUUACAAAAUGUGGUCUUAGAUGCAAUUGGCUCAGUUUUAAGGAACACGUGUCACGGAGCCACCGUUUUUCAUCUCAGCCGCGGACUGGUCUGUUACUGCUGGUGGUCGGUAGCGAAAUAACUGGACCUCAAGCUGUUUGAUCACAAUUCCUUAACGUUUGUACCUAUAUUAGCAAAAUGUUUAUGGUGCUUUACUGCUUUGAGUUUGAGGUCCAAGCAUGAUAGGUGGAGGCUGACUGCUAUGGUUAACCUCUACGAUGGCGAAAACCAGUUUCCUGUUUGAUGUCUGAUGUCGAGGAGCACGAAAAUAAGGACCGAGCUUAAUCCUCCUGGAAGAGGGUCCUCUUUAGCUCUCAUUCCCAACGGCAUUCUGAACUGUCUUGUAUUGACUACUGAGUCUGCAAUGGUUCUAUUGAUUCUAGGUGAUAAAGAGCUAAAGAGGACCCUCUGAGCUUCAUUGUUAGGAUUGUAUAUGCAGCAUGUAUGCUGUUUCUGCAAAAUGUUUGUAUGAUGAAUGUGUGGUUGAAGGGUACUAAAUUUGGAAGGAUCCAGCAGCAAGGAGCUAGCUCUAAAUGUAUGCCAAGCUUUUAUCAUAGCUGUUUGUCAGGCAUGCCCAGGGGUGGUUCUGGAUUGUUCUAGUCCUUUCUAGGUUCCAGAAUGUUCUAGGGUGAAUAUUGUACAUAGUUGUGAGUACAUUGGUUCUAGAAUUUGAUCCAGACCUUUUUUUGUCGUUUCGUGAAGAGGGCGGUAAGGUUUGGCUUAAAGUUUAAGACGGUACGUAGAGUAUAGAUGUAAAUGGGUCUCCAUUAAUCCUAUUUACGCUCUACUUUUUGUCUUUGUUUGACAAAUGUCUUCCAAAAGGGCUACUCACCUUGAGAAUGACCCCUUCAUUUCCUUUUGUGCUAUGAGGGUGGGAGCGCCAGGGCUUCCCAACAAAGUGGACAAAAUGAUUCCAAUGGUCUAACAAUGGCAUGAAAGGGGGAUGAAUUAUGAUUUCUCAUCUUCAUAGCUACCCUUUUCAUUCCAACAGUGAAGUUUUUUUUUUUUUUUUUUCUUUUUUAAUGUA